AUGGCCUUUGGCGACUUCACUUCGAUAUGCGAAAAGACACCCCUCCCGCUGUGUCCUCUGGUAGGACCAGAUUCCCCAAUCACAGGAGGCCACUUCACUCAGUCCGACUGUUAUGCGCGCUCGAUCGAAGUCGCCAACACCAUCAUCUUCGAAGGCGCUGCGGGCUUUGCGCACAUCUUGGUCCUGAUCAUGCUGGUUAUCAUGAUCCUGCAUGUGCGGAGUAAAUUCACGGCCGUCGGUAUGUUGUAGUGAAGAGAAGAGCUUGGGAAGAAUAUGGUAGCUGACGUGGAUACACAGGCCGGAAAGAGAUUACCUCGUUCUUCUACGCAUACACACUCCUUACAAUGUGCUCGCUCGUCAUCGACUGCGGCGUCGUACCACCCGCCAGCGGCGCAUAUCCAUAUUUCGUCGCUGUACAAUUGGGAUUUGUCUCCGCGACUGCCAUCUCUCUGAUGAUCAACGGAUUUGUCGGUUUCCAGCUCUACGAGGACGGUACGACGCUUUCGGUCUGGCUACUGCGGACUUGCAGCGUUGCGAUGUUCCUCAUCUCGUUCGCCGUCUCGCUUCUCACGUUCAAGGGAUGGGGUGGUCUUGGGCCGGAGAACACUGUCGGCGUCUUUGUCGUGGUCUACAUCUUCAGCGCAUUAUUCUUGUUUGUGUACGUGGUCAUGCAGGUCAUACUUGUGCUCGGAACGCUGGAUGAAAGAUGGCCACUGUGGCAUAUCGGAUUUGGUGUCUUCGCAUUCGUGAUCGGACAAGUCUUGCUGUACGCGUUCAGCGAGACCAUCUGCAACAAUGUGGAUCACUACCUGGAUGGCCUCUUCUUCGCGACCUUGCUGAACCUGUUGGCGGUGAUGAUGGUCUACAAGGUGAGAAAGGGCAGCUUUUGCGUUGUUCCUACCAGUUCUAACAGCAUCACAGUACUGGGACUUCAUCACGCGCGAGGACCUCGAAUUCUCAGUUGGCCAAAAACAGAACAACUGGGAAGUCAAGGACCCUACGCCAGUCUACGAAGACUACGACAAGAGAGGAACGUACUACCAAGAGAGCGAAUACGGCGGCUCGCCCUAUCACCAGACGGGUGUGAGAAGAGCUUCGGGAUCGAUUUAUUGA